AUGUCACAGAGAUCGUAUCGGAAAGCGAAACUCGAUAAUAAGGAGGACAGAUCUGCUGUGGAACUUCACACGGCCGCACGAAACGGCGACUUGGAGGCGGUUCGACGGUUAAUUGUGGUGGAUGGGGCGGACGUCAACGCCCGCGAUAAGCUCAACCGCACGCCGCUCCAUUUAGCAGCCUGGGCGGGCCACGCUGACGUCAUCACCCUGCUGUGCGCCAGCAAGGCGGCGGUCAACGCGGCAGCCGCGGACGACACGUCAGCGCUGCACUUCGCAGCGCAGAAGGGCCACGUCAGCGCCACGCGUGCACUGCUGGCGGAAGGAGCAAAGCCGGCCGCGGCCACUAGAAAGGGCAUGACCGCCUUGCACUUUGCAGCUUCCAAGAACUUUCCGGAAGUAGUUAGGUUACUGGUUAGGAAGGGGGGCAAAGAGCUAUUAGGCAUGCGAAAUAAGAGUGGUGAGAAGGCCGCGGACUUGGCCAAGGACGAGGAGAUUAAGAGACUAUUGGAGAGUUUGGAGGAGGAAUUGGUUAACAGUGGGGGAGGCAAGGGCAAGCAGAAAGGGAAGAAGGAAAAGGUUGGGGGGGAGGAGAAAGGACGGGAUGGGAGGCAUGGGGAAGUAGCAGGGGAGGAAGGUAAGGGUGGGGAGGGAGGAAAGGGAAAGGAGGGCGGGGAAGGAGGGCAAGGAGGGGAAGGAGGGGAAGGAGGGGAAUCAGGAAAAGGAGGGGAGGCAUCAGAGGAGGGAGGGGUCGAGAGAAGAGCGGGGAGUGACAGUCACGAGCAGGGGAGGAGAGAAAGUGCAUCUGGAGCUGCUGGGAUGGAGGAGGAGGGAGGGAAGAGUGAAGGGAAGGGGGAUGAGAAGGGACAAGAGACGGGAGAGGAGAGGGGAGAAGGGGCUGUGGAAGGGAAGGAGAAGGUUCGUAGGAGACAGGAGGAAGAGGAGGACGGAGGAGCAGGCAAAGGAGGAGAAGGGAAAGGAGGGGAUGGGCAGCAGGUAGAUGUUCGGGCAGCGAAAAAACCCAAGAUAGGUUUGUCCCAUUUGAGUGCGGACAUGGACGAUGCAUGGGAGGAGGAAACAGACUGA